AUGUCUUCUGAAGAGGCACAGAAAUUCAUUGAUGAGGUGUGGGGUCUCCAAAGUGUUGCCUACCUGGUCCUAUUGCUUCGCUACUACUCCCGGAUUGUGACGCUCGGAUGGGGCAAGCUCGCGCUGGACGAUUUCUUGAUAGCUUUGGCGACGCUGGUGUACACGGCAGAGUCAGCGGCGGCCUACUACGUCGUCGCGUACUGGAACGGCUUUGCCAACAAUGGAAUGUCUGACCAGGAGCGACUCGAGCUUGACCCAAGUUCUGAAGAGUGGCAACUUCGUGUCAACGGGUCCAAGACCCAUGUGACCGUCUUCGUGAUGGUCAUGAAUACUUUGACCGACUUCUACUUGAUGGCGAUACCAAUACCAAUGGUGUGGAAAUCGCGUCUUCCGAGGGCAAAGAAGAUCACCCUCGUCAUCAUGUUCAGCGGUGGUCUACUCGAAAUGGCAUUCGGCAUUCUGCGAUGUAUUUCGAUUUUGACCGCUGGCGAUAGUGACCCCUCACAAUCAGGUUACUGGUCUGUACGCGAGUCCUUUGUCUCGUUUGUCUUGACCAACAUGCCUAUGUUAUAUCCUCUCCUCAAGAGCUUCCUCGCGAAAAUCGGCACAACACUGGCGCUCACCAACAAUAAUGGCGGAAGCGGCCGAGCCACAAGCAGUGGUCAAGCAUACAGGCUGGGGAGUUACCCCAACCAGCACAAGAAGACGAGGAACAAGGACCCGAAUCCCGUGCCCGAGGAAACGAGGUAUGGGUCGAACGAACGUAUCGUUUCACUGGAUGGCGAGAGUCGUGAUGCAGCUCCCAGCGUUGGUGGUGCCGCCGUCGAUGAUCUACCUCACGACCCCUUCCAUGUUGCUGGAGUUUUCGAGCCCGCAAGGGUGACCGUCUGCUCUGGUCCCGGCCCAUCCGAUGCUAGGCGGCCCACGCCCAUCGACUAUACCAGUUCUGGCGGAAUCAUGGUCACCAGAGAGUACAAUAUCUCCGAGGGUCGUCGUAUCCAUGAUGUGGAUCAGAAUGAUCGCGCAUUUUUGGACGUUUAG